CUCGCCGGUUGUCGUUGCAGCUUGCGCAGGCGCGUUCUACUGCCCCUCAAGAGCAGCUAAACUCUGAAGCUUUAGUGGAUUGAUUUUCUCCAAAGCCCUAAACUCUGGUGGUAUCCUACUCAGCUCACCAUGGGCGACUCCUCAUCCUCAGCAUCUUACAUCAGGAUGGUUCACCAUCUGAUAGAGAAGUGCAUCUGCUUCAAUCUGAACAAGGAAGAGUGCAUGGAUGCCCUGGAGAAGCAUGCCAAGAUCAAUCCUGUCAUCACUUCCACUGUGUGGAAGGAGCUGGAGAAGGAGAACAAGGAGUUCUUCGAGACGUACAACAGGGACCGCGCGGAGCGGAACAUCGAGGCGGAGACGAUGCAGCGGAUCCAGAAGAUGCUCGCCGAGGCGGCGGCCUCCAAGACCUCCGAUGACGAGAGCUAGCUAGCAGCCAGCAGCCAGUGCAGCUAGCUGAUGACUAGAUCUAUAGAUCAGCCCGUGCAUGGCCUCAUGUCCACUGCACAACAGCUCCCCGUUAGCUCGUGAGGCCAUUAUUCCAUAAAUAGCUUAGCUACUAGCUUACUUAAUUAGCUACCAAAAAUAACGAUAUGCCUCCAUGCAUGCAUGUGCCGUGUGUUUAAUUAAGGUUAGGUGGCCAUCAAGAAACUUAUGUUUAAUUCAUGUAUGUGUAUAUAUCAGUAUAUGUGUAUUCAUGUACAAAGAGGAUGCAUAUUAUUCAACCUACAUA